UCCUCUUAAAGUUGCGUCUGCAUUCUGAUUGUAAACAAAGACAUCCUUCACCACGGCGGAGGACAGAGAAGACGAUUGAACUGAGUUUCCACGAAGUUAACGCCAUGAAACGAACUAAAAUGCGAUUUUGGUUUUUCAUACUACUAAAGUGUUUCCUGACUGGAAAUCUAGUUGAACCCUCUCCUCUGUCCUCCGCCGCCCCCUCUCAGUCCAUCAUGUCCAAAGUUGGGAACCAGGUCGUCCUUCCCUGCAGCUGGAAGUCGAACCUGGGAGAGGUGGCUUCUUCUGCCUGCCACAUCCAGUGGGUGGCUCCCCCGAAAACCAUACUGGAACAGAGGGGAGAGGAGAGGUGGCAGGCAGGGAGGUUCAUGGGCCGGCUGGAGGUGCCUCAGGAGAAACUGGAGUCUGGAGACUGUUCUCUGAUCAUCAAUGAUGUCCAGAUUGAAGACACGGGAAAAUACGAGAGCUUUGUGGUGGUGGAGGGGGUGAUGUCCAGAAAAGAACGGCUCUUUAUUCAUGGUGUCAAGCUUUUUGUGACCGACCACAAGUCCCAGUAUUCCCGUCAUCAUGGGGAAGAGUUGGAAUUGGAGCUCCAUAGCCCAAGCUCCUUUAGAGUGGUCUUCCAGGGCAGGAACAGCUCAGAGUGGUCAGACCUGUGGAUGAGGGGGGAUAAAAACAGCCAGCGUCUGGAGAAACACCCACGUCAGGAAAAGUUAAAGAUAAAGCAGCUGCAGGGCUCAGAUGAGGGAACAUACAAGGUCUUAGACGAACACGGCCUCGCUGUGAGCACCGUGCAGCUCUACAUGAGAGAAAAAUCCUCCUCUUUUGAAGUCCACCAAAAGCGGAUAGAUGAACUAACAGAUGCCGCUGCCAAAAGCAGCUACUCAGCUCUACUUAUCUUGUCUUUUCUUGUUUCAAAUUUCCAAAUUCUUCAUCUUCUCUGAAGCAGUUUCCUCCGUAAAAAAUAAAAACAGACUACAGAUGUUAACCCAGAUCACUAAUACCAGCAACUCGAGGAUUUAUAUGAAAACAUCCAUUUAUUGUGUGUGGGUCUUUAUCCUGACAAAUCCUUUUGUAGAUCACUUAAACACCAUUUGAAUUGCCUGUUGUGGAAAACACCCCACGGUGACAUAGUCUUAGGUCUUUAAUUCAUUUUAGAAUCCAUGCUUUGUUAAAAAGCUGCAGCACAUGACUGAUAUUGAUGGGAAACUGCUGACUAGCAUUUUUUUUUGCUGCAGACUGAACACGCUUGAAUACUCGAGAGCCUAGAAAUAAAGAAAAGCCUUGUUUUAAUAUCUGCUCCGCGAAACGUAUGACGUAAUAGUAAUGAAAAGAUUUUCGACAACGGCCAUGUUUUUGUCACUUCUUCAUUGUACUGAAUUAAACAUGUUUGCGGUGAACUUCGAUCUUAUACGAUAAGUUGGCAGCGGCAAAUUCUCUAUCGGUGGUUUCGAAGUGAAUUUUAGGGCAGAUGUGCUUCAGCUUUUUCUCUAAAAAGCCAAUGGUGUUUUCACAGAUUAGCAAACCAAAAGUUGUUCUUGGUGAUGGCUUCUCAUUGAUAUAUUAAGCAUUAGAAAAGCUUUUCUUGUCCAGUAGUAGCAUCUUGACAUAUAAAUGGCUGACUUCUUGUUCUUUUUCAGUCAACACGAGUGUACCUGCUUGGUUAUCCAUCAGCUGGUAGUUAGUUUGAAUGGUUGUGGGCACUUCUCAUGAAAAAUAUAUAAUCAGUCUUGCUUGACAUUAGAUGUAAUUGUCAAUGAUGUAUUUACAAAAUGGUUAACAUCAAAUAUAACAGUCUGAACAUCCAAUCAAAUGGGAAAUGGCAAGCUGUGUUUAGAAGCACCCUGAAAUUUGACUUUUUGUCAGUGUGAAGGUCCUCAGAAGCUCCAUCCAAUAUCUGGCUUUUAGUUUUAGAUCUGAGGGAAAUUUAUCCUCAUAUCUAAAACCAAAACACAGACAAAGAAGUUUCACACAGACUCAGAGUGUCAAAUUUCACAUUGUCUGUAGACACACCGUGCUGUUGUGACAAAGAUUACCUCUCAUGGUUAAACGAAAUUUAAUGAAAAAAAUGUUUUGAAUGCUUGUUGCAUUUCUAAAAAUGAUCACUAUUAUCCUUUAUAACAAAUGUAUGCUUUGAAAAUUUGAGCUUA